CACACACACACACACACACACACACACACACGGCUUGCAUGCAAACACACGUCCUCUCUCUUUCAGAUUCACUUACAGGCACGCAUAGAGAAACACUCAUAUUCAGACACACAGUCUCUCUGUCUCUCUCUCUCUGUCUCUCUCUCUCUCUCUCUCUGUGUGUUUGUGUGUGUGUGUGUGUGUGUGUGUGUGUGUGUGUGUGUGUGUGUGUGUGUGUGAUCGAUGCUGUUAGUUCCUCGUCUGCAGGCUUGACAUCGGAUUAGCUCUGUAUUCAGUGCGCACAGACGCGCUCUCUCUCUCUCUGUCUCUCUCUCUCUCUCUCUCUCUCUCUCUCUCUCUCUCUCUCUCUCUCUCUCUCAUACACACACACACACACACACACACAUACAACGGACACAGACAUGAGUGCAGGGGACGUGGUGUGUACCGGAUGGCUGGUUAAAUCUCCACCGGAGAAAAAGCUCAAGAGAUAUCAGGAUAAUGUCCCUGUGUACAAAGCCUGAGCUCCAUGAGGACACGGUGUGGAGGUGAAGGUUGGAGUAAAGAACUUGAUUGUCCUGCACUGAGCCCUGACUCUGACUCAACACCACUGAACACCUCUGGGAUGAACCAGAACUGGAGUCUCCUUAACAUCAGGGUCUGAUCUCACUGAUGCUCUUGUAGCUGAAUGAAUGAGUGGAGCUGAUUAUCUACAAGGCAUGGAGGAAGCGAUGGUUUGUCCUUCGGCGUGGACGGAUGAGUGGAGAUCCCGAUGUUCUCGAGUACUUCCGCAGUAAGACUUCUCGAAAGCCAAUUCGCUCCAUUGACCUGCAGGAAUGUGAGGUGGCGGCAGAGGCGGAGUCAGGCCGGGAGCUGGAGAUGGGGGCGUGGCCUGUCAAAAGGAACCUGACCAAUCAUCACUUGUUUGUUGUGAAGACAUCAACACGUGUGUUUUACCUGCUAGCCAAGACGGCUGAGGAGAGGCUCUGCUGGGUGAGGAACAUCGGGCAGAUCUGCACCUUCAGCAACUUCAACCACAGCACAGAAUCGAUGGACAGUCUCGCCCACACUCCCUCCUCCCAUCAGCCGUCUCCCGUGCUCUCGACCCACGCCACCUUCUCAGCCAAUCAGGACGCGGCGGCCUCCAAGGAGGACUCGCCGGUCAGAGACGAGCCCGGCGAAUCAGAUACCAGCAUUCCGCUCGAUUACCUUUUCCUGUCUCAGUGUGAAACUGGCAGGAGGAGCAUCACCAGGUGUGACAGCAUGUCGAACUCGGAGCGCUCGUUUGAACAGAGUUCGUUUGAGAACGUGACCGAUGACGUGUUCAGCCCUACUGCGUGUUUAGACUCCGCCCCCUCGCCCUUCGGUGUCCCGUAUGUGAUGCGCUCAUUAGCAUCCUGCCCCGUUCGUGGCCCUGGCGACGUGUUCCGAUUCGACAGCCCCUUCUGUGCCACGCCCCCUCCUCUCCCGCCAAAACCCACAUACAUGUCCGAUCACCAUGGUCACGAGGAGGCUGUGCGUAACCAGGGGCAACUGGGGCUCCUCUCACGCAGGAUAUCUCUGUCUGGUGGGGAGCAUUUUAGAAGAGGAGAGUUCGAGUUCAGUGCGAGAGGAAACUGGAACAAAAGGCUGAGUCUGAAUCUGCCGAUGUUACUGGUUAACACCCCCUCUGAGAGCCAAUCAGAUGACUCCUCUUACGUUCCCAUGGCGUCUCCGCCCGUCAGUUCGACCAACACCGAGGCCGACGGUUACAUACCGAUGAGUCCGAACACGAUUCCUGUUUCUCUGUUGACCAAUGGGAAACCAGAUUCACCUCUUCCUCCGGCCCCAGAAAUGGAGCCUCCUCCAAUCAACCGCAGCCUGAAGCCGAGGAGGCGGGUGAAACCGCCGCCCCUCGAUUUGUCCACCAUUAGCGAAUGCCCCACCCACCUCCCUCUAAUCCGCACCAUGACGGAACCAAGUGCCUCACCUCUCUGUGUCCCAUGGGACAGGGGGCGGGGCUUAAACGGCACCGAACAGGAAGGGAGCAGCACGCCUACGUCGGUGUUUUCAGCAUGUGACUCCGCCCCCUUUUUCCGACGCUCUAACCUGGAUUACCUGUCGCUAGAUUUUAACUCCGCCUCCCCCUCACCUGUGCAAAAGAAACCUCUGCUGGAUGAACAGCGUGUGGACUACGUUCAGGUGGACGAGAAGAAGACACAGGCGCUGCAGAACACCAGGACGGAGUGGAAGGACAGCCGACAGCCCAAAGUGUGACGGGUUCACGAUCGGGACGACGUUCGGCUUACAAUCGCAGUGUGCGGUGUGAAGACGUGCACGUGAUCUGCUCAUGGAGUUCACGCUGAGGCGCUCAGCACAAACACUGAAGGAAUAAACAACAAUAAUAACCAUAAUAAUCACGUCUUUUCAGGUUCAGGUACAAAAGCAGUCCCCAGUGAAAAGACCAGGCUUCGGAGCUCCAGACUUGUGCUGAUACAGAACUUCUGAUGUCUCCUGUCAUGUGAUGUUUCUUUCAGCUUGCAGAAUUCAGCUCCACUGUAGACCAACAGGACGAACACGAACCCCAGCAGAACCCCAGCAGAACCCCAGCAGAACGGUGUCCUGGCAUGUCGAUGUGUCUGUGUGUGUGUUAAUGCUGCGUGUGUUCGGUACUACUGAGUGUUGUUUUGUUUAAUCAGACCGACAUGUUACCGUGACGACCGUGACGGACGUGUGUAUACGACGUGUUCUUUCUCUUCUGUGAUUGAGAUUUUACAAAACUGUUCGACCGGCCUAGUCCAAGCCGUCCGAGUCCACGGACAAACGCCUCUGAUGUUUCCGACUCCGUAGACGGAGCACCGGAUGAACCGAAUCGACUUUGUUCCUUUAGAGAGAACAACAAGCUGGAAGGUCUGAGAACCAGACGUGGAAAGUGGACGCCGGGUUUCGUCCGUGUUUCACUGUGAUUCUGUGACGACUGAAUAAACUCAUGGACUGAUGUCACUGUGAUCAUUUCAUCAGCUUCACUCACAAAGCUCUGUGAGAAAGCUCUUCUCUGACUGAAGACAACGCUGAAGCCUGCAUUACAAAAAAAUGACUGAAAACAGAAGACAGACCUCUGAAAAAGAAAAAAAAUAAAUGGACGUAAUGUUCAAACA